UAAAAUGGGAUCAUCACAAUCAAAACACCAUCAUCACCAUCAUCAUCACCACCACCAUGAUGGUAAUAAUGCGGCACAACAAUCACAAAUACAACCACAACCACAACCACAACCAAUAUUUAGCCAAGUAAAAAUGCCAGAAAUAAAUAUAAAAUCAGAACUAUUAAAAGAAGAGCAUAUAAGGUUAAUUUCAAAAUACCUACCGGAUAAUACGUAUAGAGAUACAUGGAAACUGUUGUUUUCUUCACCAAAAGAUGGUCACUCAUUUAACAGAUUCUGCCAUCAUGCCACCGAUAAGGGUUCAGUAUUAAUUUUAAUUAGAGAAGAGGGAGGACAUAUAUUUGGAGGAUUUUGUGAUGAAGCAUUAAAACCAAAAUAUCCUAAAUUUUAUGGAACCAAAAAUAAUUUUGUAUUUACAGUAGAGCCCAAAUUAGAAAUAUUUCAAACAACAGGAUUGGACAGAAACUAUCAAUAUUUAAAUCAAGGAAGCAUGACACUAUUUAAUGGAAUAGGUAUGGGUGGUAUUGAAGACCUAUUUGGAUGGUCAAUUGACGGCAGUUUUGAAAACGGAACAAGUAAAGGAUCACCAGAGAUAUUGGAGUGUGGCGAUGGAAAAGCACGUUCAAGCACAUAUGGUAAUACAUGUUUAGCAUCAUCACCAGAAUUUAAAGUAGUACAUGUUGAAGUAUAUUUACUCAAAUCUUUGGAACUCACCGAGGAGCAAAUAUUAGAAAUUGAAUUUAACAAUAGAAAGAAAGGAAAGCAAAGUGUAUUAAAUGAUGAAGGUAACAGUGACAAAGCUAUAAAGAGUAUGAUGGGUCACGAAUUUAGUGUAUAUAACGAAGAUCUCAAUGAAGAUCCUAAUAAAAUAAAAGAUAAUAAAAUAAAUUUUUAUCCUUAAAUAUUUAUAUAUUUAAAAACAU